GAUAUUCUGGGAGCAGUCAAGAGGAUUUUCACAAAGUUCACACUCUUAAUGUCCAACUGAAACAGUCUGGAGCGAUGGAGUCUACACAGUUUUCCUCGCUGUCUUCCUUGAGGGGAGAGUUUAAAUUUGAGGAUUACAUCCAACCCCACUACAAGGAGUCAUAUCGCCUGGCGAUUGAUCGCCUGGUGACCGGCGGCAGAGACAGUUACCAUGAGUUCCUCAAGGGAGAACGUAUUGGGAGCUUCCUCUCUGAGGAAGAGCUUCUCUUUAUCACCACAAACGCAGAACAGCUCCCACCCCAAAAUCACACAGAGGAAAUCAAUGGCCCAUCAGACAGCCAGUCAUCCUCAGGGACGUACUGGCCCAUCCACUCGGAUGUGGACACGCCAGAUUUGGAUUUAGGGUGGCCAGAGGUCAUGCAUGAAAGACUGCAGACAAAUAUAGAUCUGCUCUUUCAUCCACCGAGACAAAACAACCCCACGAUCAAAGAGGUGAUCAGGAAGCAUAUUCAGGAUGCAAGACAGGUCGUUGCCAUUGUGAUGGACGCGUUCACUGAUAUAGACAUAUUCAAAGAAACUGUUGACGCCUCGAUACGAGGAGUUCCAGUCUAUGUGCUUUUGGCUGAUUCCCAGUUGAAAAAUUUCCUCACAAUGGCUGAAAAUCAAGAUGUAAAAAUUCAACAGCUCAGGAACAUGAGGGUGCGGACUGUGAAAGGUCAGGAUUACCUCUGUCGAUCAGGAGCUAAAUUUCAUGGUGCAAUGGAGCAGAGGUUUCUUUUAGUCGACUGCCACACAGCAAUCUAUGGCUCGUACAGCUUCAGUUGGUCAUUUGAAAAGAUCAAUCUGAGCAUGGUGCAGGUCAUCACAGGCCAUCUGGUGAAGUCCUACGAUGAGGAGUUUCGAACACUUUACGCCCGGUCGACUGUUCCAGCUGAACUGUGCCCCCCGGAGGCCUUGUUCCAACGCAAUGGGCCACAUGGACGCCAGAUUUUGCCAAACUGUGCCCAAAAAAUCGACCGAAGGGACCAGUUGAGGCACACGCUGGACACAGUCUAUCGAAAGACCUGUGAGAGGAAACUAGGCGCAAGAGACGUUGAAGAGAGGCUUUUUGAGGAAGAACUUAAUGAACUUGGGCCUUUGGUUGAGAAUGGGAUUGGUGUUCAGAACCAGUUGCCCCAGUUCCAGUCUGCAGAGACAACAAACUUCUUGAAAAGGCAUAGCUAUGCUGGGGAGAGACAAGAUGGAUGUAUCCCACAGGACAUCAGACCCAGAGCAAGCAACUGGAAUAUCUCUAGAGAUGCGGGAAAUGGGACAAACAACUACCCAAAAGACAAUUAUUUACAUGUGCCACAGAUCUACAGAGGUCAAAACAUGCGUCAGUCUUACAAUGGCAAUGACAAACAAGUUCUCUCCAUGCAGCAGAACAUGCCAACACUGGAGAAUACAUCCAAGUCAUUCAUGCGCACAUGGAGGAUCGAGUCUUACCUCAAAAACCCAGAUGUCCCGUUUGGAGACUCUUGUGACUAUUUAGACCAGUUUGAACCACUGGACAAAGCUAGCAGCUUCAUGCAGGCAAGAAUGAGGUCUUCCCUCGUUUUAAGGCCCACCAUACCAGAGCAAAUGGAGCCAAAUAGACACAUAAACAACACAUCCACUGGUGUUCGCACCUCAGCAGCACCAAACAUUCCUUUGCACUACUCAUCAAUGCAGUGGAAUCCAACCGCAACAGUUGAGAAUAGGAUAAAUAAUGAUGAAUUCAUGUUGAAAAGACAAAGUUUGCAGAUUUUGGAUGACACUUGGAAUAACACAAGCUACGGUCCAGGGAGGAACUCUUACCAGUCUGUAUACUCCAACCUAGGCAGAGCUAAAGGUGGGCAGAUGAUUACAAACCCUGACAUCCUGACAGACAGUUGGCACAAAAGGCACAGCGUGGCAGAUCCAAGAUCAAACUCAAGUCACAUGUAUGGAGCUUUUGCAAGGAUGCAAGUUAACAGAGGCACAGUAGGGAUCAAUGCACAGAAUGGAGGAUAUGGGUCAAAUCUGAAUGAGGAUCAGAGAUCUGUCUCUCAUUAUGAUGUUAAGAGCAUCACAGACACAAAGAACCCCACUACUCCCAGUUGGCAGGAGCCGCCAUCCAGGACUGUGUCUGCAGCAGUGCUGGGUGUGAAUAGCAGGGAUUUGACAGUUACAUCCAACAGCAUGGGCUCUGAGCAUUUUCUGAAGAAGAGUUCCAAGAAAAUAAAAUCCUUAUUGAACAUACCAGAGAAAAAACAGGAUUCAAUCAGAUACACGGACACACCAAGUCUAAAGUCAGAAGGCAGUACAGACACAAUAACAGCCGAGGAUGAGGAGAGGCUAUCAGACAGUGGAGGUAAACAUCACCAAAGCACAACCAACUCAGUUAGGUCUUCCUCGGAACACCAGAGGAACCAGUUACUAGAUGGUCUAAAGUAUUCAAAACCUCGAUUUAGAACUGAGGAGCACCAACAUCCACCACAGAUCUGUCCCUCCAAAAUAACAACACAGAGGAAGCCCACCGACAAAAGUGCAAGGCCUGGACUUGGCGAGAGAAGCUGGAGCAAAGACAAAGGAGCCGAGAAUCACUUGUACAGUAGAUUUGAGCCUCUCUACUCACUUGAAAAGAAACACCAACUGCGCUCUGCACACAGCUUUGGGUCUCAGCAGAAAACCAAAGGCUUUCCAGAAGGUGAGGCAGCUAUUGAACAUAAUCUCACCCGCAAUGCGAGAGGGCACCAUGAAAAUAAGCUGGAGAAAUUCAUUCAGAGGAUGGGAAAUCUCAUACACAAGAACAAGCAGUGACAACUGCUUUAGUACAAUGCAUGAAACAUCAUGUUGUCUACACAGGUCACUUAUUAAUGAUGCACAUUUGACUUGCAAUGUUUAUAUUUGUAUAUUUGGUCUUUGACACUGUGUUUACUUUGAAAAAUGUUUUUAGCAAACACUGUUUACAUUUUGACCGCUGCUCACUUUAUUGUGUACAGAUGCACUGAUGAAUACUAUUAAAAGGAGAAAAUGUUUUAUAAGAAUGCAUGCUGCAGACCUUUAAACUAUAUAACAUAAUCUUAAAAUACCACCUUCAACCACUUCCUAUAUGUCCUCUUCCACCAUUGACAAACUGAAGCAAUAAAUUCAAAUGCUGUCAACAAAUGUUGUUGAUGCAUUAAUUAGUAGUUGUGUCAAAAUGUCAGAUGUAAACAAUUUAUUGCUGUGAGUGUAGGUGUGUACACAUACCAAAGUGCUUUUGUUAUUAUGUUCAGAGGAUUAUUCUGCCUGAGUGGCAUGUCAAGUUAUGUCAUCAGCUUGCAAGCUACCGUAUUUCCUCAAAUAAAAGACAGUAUUCAAUUAAAAUACAUUAUAUUCUGAUAAUGGCAGGGGGUGUGGUUGACACAAACAAACAAAGGCCUGCCCCAAAAACAGGGCAGGGAAAAACAAGGCUGAAGAAACUCCUGGUGCCAGUUAUAUAAUGUGCAUGCCAGUUAAGCAUAAAUACUAGUUACCUGGAUGUAACUCCAGUUCUGAGUAAAUGCGUAGCCCUCUAGCCGACUGUCACAGAGAGAGGAGGACA